AUGUACUUUAUGAAAGCUGUCACACUUCUUGUGCUAUCUUCCUUCGGCUUGGCUAAGGGCCUAGCUGAUUUAGAUAUAAAGAUCGUGCAGGAAGUCCCAUCUCAUGAAUGUAAAAUCCAGGCUACUAAGGGCGAUAUUGUCUCCGUUCAUUAUUCAGGCUCUCUUGAUGGGUCUGCUGAUGUUUUUGACUCGUCCUAUGGCCGUGGGACGCCAAUUGUCUUCCAGUUAGGUUCUGGACAAGUUAUUGAAGGUUGGGAUCAAGGAAUUUUAGGCAUGUGCGUUGGGGAGAAACGAGAACUACGCAUUCCAAGUAAGCUAGGCUAUGGCUCCCGCGGAGCUGGCAGAGUAAUUCCACCAAAUUCUGAUCUUUUCUUCGAGACAACAUUGGUCGAUAUCAGAAGGCGUGACGAACUUUAG